UAUUUAUAGAGGUAUGUUGGAGAGCAGUUUAGCAGCUCUAUUUGUCUUUGCCAUUGCAACGUGUGCUAAUGCUGCAAGCAUCGGAACAAAGCAUGGCAACCAACCAACUCUUCUAGACACGGUCCACGGUAUCGUCAAUGAAAUCAUUGCUCAGGCUAGUACCACGCCAAGACCGGUGCCUGGUAAAAUGAACGUAUGUGAGAACCUUUGUCCAAAAUGGUGCCAGAAAAUUGAAGGAAUUGAUAGAAACUUUACAAACUGUCAUUAUAUGUGUGGCAAUUUGUGUAGCAUCAAGACGAGACAAACCAACCCAUUUAUUGGAAAUUUGAAAUUCGAAGUUGUUCCAAGCGAGUAUGAUUUCGCUCGAUAUGACUUAAAUCAAGACAAACACAUUUCAAUCCGUGAGUUUGCACACGUGGAAGGCAUUCCAGUUGACGAGGCGGUCGCCUUCUUUAACUUUUCAGAUUUCAACAAUGAUGGUUUCAUUGAUUCAGAUGAAUUUCAAGGAGGACCGUUAGUGUUCACGGUACAAAUGGCGUCAGAACUAAGUUCCAUCACCAUGAGUAAAUAAACAGUGUAAACAAUAACUGCGCAACAGUUUAUUUCAUCUAUAACGCUAAAUCGUAAAACAAUUUAAUGAUAUAUUAUUCUGCUUAUAUUUGAUAAAUGUGUUAUCACAUUAUUAAGAUAGUGAUGGGAUCAGAAUUGUAUCCCCUUGACGACAAAAUAACACACCAAAAACAUUUUUAGCACAUGUAUUUUCUAAGUCAAAUAGUGUGUAAUAACUUUACGUAACUUUGUCAUUUCAUAUCAAAUUCCUAACAAAAUUAAUAUGAGAGUUUUAUUCUUACAACUUUUAUUAUAAAAUUGUUGCAUAAUCAGUCACGUGUUAGUUCUAAGUGAAAGAAGAUAUACUUUAAACAUUUAGUUACCAUUAUUCCAUACUAGCUUAAAACCCAUAUCACAGUUCACUAAAAUGAAUUAGUCUACUAAUUGAAAAUGUCUGUUAUUUAUUUGCCAAAUCAACAAAGUAAUUAAGAAAAUAAAAUAGAACUUUUAAA